UCAUCUCAAAGGUGACAAACUACAUACGAGUUGAUUUAUAAAGGCAAGCAUAUAACAUGGCUCUCAUGACUACAUUAUUAGCCUCACUACUCAUUCUCUCAUUUUUCUCUCAUGGAACUUCACUAAGUUCAAACUACUAUUCCAAAACAUGUCCUAAUGUUGAAUCACUAGUCACAAAGGCUGUGAGUGAUGCUGCAUCAAAUGACAAAAAGGUCCCUGCAGCACUACUAAGGAUGCACUUCCACGACUGUUUCAUAAGGGGAUGCGACGCUUCUGUUUUGCUGGAUUCCAAGGGCAAAAACACCGCUGAAAAAGAUGGCCCACCUAAUGUUUCUUUGCAUGCAUUUUACGUAAUCGACAAUGCUAAAAAAGCAGUUGAAUCCGCAUGCCCAGGAAUAGUUUCGUGUGCUGAUAUCUUAGCUCUAGCAGCAAGAGAUUCAGUUGUGCUUUCUGGAGGACCAUCUUGGGAUGUGCCAAAAGGAAGAAAAGAUGGAAGAACAUCAAAGGCUAGUGAAACUAUACAACUUCCGGCUCCUACCUUCAACAUAUCUCAACUUCAAAAAAGCUUCGCUCAAAGAGGUCUAUCCCUAGAAGACCUAGUUGCCCUUUCAGGUGGGCAUACUCUUGGUUUCUCGCAUUGUUCAUCAUUUAAAAAUAGAAUCCACAACUUCAACUCCACAACAGAUAUUGACCCUUCACUCCAGCCUUCAUUUGCUGCAAGUUUAAAAAGUGUUUGCCCAGUUAAAAAUGCAAAGAAUGCAGGAGUUCCAAUGGAUCCUUCUUCUACAAGUUUUGAUAAUACAUACUACAAACUACUCUUUCAGCAAAAGGCGUUAUUUUCUUCGGACAAAGCUUUGCUUGAUUUCCCUAAAACUAAAAAUUUGGCAUCUAAGUUUGCAAGCUCAAAAGAUGCGUUCACAAAGGCGUUUAUAAAGUCAAUGAUUAAGAUGAGUAGUAUUACAGGUGGUCAGGAGGUUAGAAAGAACUGUAAGGUGGUGAACUAGAUUGCAUAUGAAGAUUUAUAUGUACUUUCGUGUGGUGAGAUAAGUUUAUAAGAUAAAGGAGAAGCCCAAUGCACCAUGGCUCUUAAGUCUUAGAUGACAUGGUUGUAUUAAAUUUGUUAUAAUAAUGUUUAAGUUUUUGAUACUAGCAGAAA